GGUAAUUUUAUAUAAGAAGAAAAUUAUGUUAAUUAUCGGAAGUGCCUGUGUGUGUGUCAAAUUCAAAUGUGAAAUGUAACUUUAUAUAAAUAUAAAGCAGCUAAGUGACCUACCUUAAAUCAAAACAUAAUCACCCAAUGCCACUAAAUAAUCAAAGAUGACAGUAAUAUCUAACAAAGUACAUUUAGACGACAUUUUGGAGAAAUUCGGUGUAUGGGGCCGUUACCACACUGCAGCGACGGUAUGGCUGACCCUGAUAAAUGUUUUCAACUCCAUAGCGUACACCAACUAUGUGUUUAUCACCGAGGAGGUCAAAUACAGAUGCAAACAUUAUUCUGAUGAUGGGAUGAACACAAGUCAUCUUAACAGAUCUGACUUUGGCUGCCGAGUUGAUUCUUUAUGCACCGAGUGGGUCUAUGACGACCCGCGAAGCUUUGUGGCAGAGUUCGACUUGGCGUGUCAAGAAUGGAAACGGACUCUAGUAGGCACCAUGCACAGCUUUGGAUACAUGGUGGGAUUGCUGAUCGUGGGACCUCUUUCGGAUAGGUUAGGAAGGAAAACUCUUACAGUCGUGACAUGUAUACUCGGGAGUUCACUCGGGCUGGCGCGGAGCUUCACAACAAACUACUGGCUGUAUGUAACUCUUGAGUUUUUGGAGGCUGUGGUUGGGGAUCCUUGCUCUUCAUCCUUUAUGAUGUCUAUAGAAAUGGUCGCCACAGACAAGCGUGUCUUGUACACCACUAUCAGCGGUUUUGGCUACACAAUCGGGGGCAUUCUAUACCCUCUAUUUUACUGGCUCGUUCCUUAUUGGAGACACUUCCUUCAGGCAGUCUAUGCGCCUGGUCUGCUAUUCAUUUUCUACAUAUACCUGCUUGAUGAGAGCCCCCGAUGGCUCCUAACUAAAGGGAAGAAAAACGAAGCAGUGACCAUCAUAGACGCGGCUGCUAAAAAAAACAACUUGCAGUUAGAAAUGGAUAUAAAUCAAAUUUCUUACCAAGAAGAAAAAGGUGCAAGUUUUUCGAGAGUUCUACUAGAAACAUUCAAAUCCAAGUCAUUGUUAAAGAGAUUUUUCGUUUGCUCGGUGUGGUGGAUAGCGUCUACGUUCGUCAACCAUGGAUUGACAAUUAACUCUAUCUCUCUGCAAGGAAACAAGUAUGUGAACUACGCACUGACGUCCAUUGUAGAUGUUCCCGGACGGUUUGUUGUAGUGUACAUACUGAACAGAUUCAAGAGAAGGAUUCCUUUGAUAGUCACUUUCGUGGCAUGCGCCGUUCUGUGUGUUGCUCAACCAUUUGUUCCGAGCGCACUACCCUGGCUCUCCAUAACCUUGUACAUGUCGGGCAAGCUCAUGUCUUCCUUCUACUUCUCCAUCACGUAUAUCUUCACCUCGGAGCUGUUCCCAACGUACACCAGGAACUCUAUGCACGCCCUGUGCUCCUCCGUGGGCAGGAUAGGCUCCAUCGUUGCUCCGCAAAUGCCUCUGCUGAUGGUGUACUGGUCCGGCCUUCCAUCAGUGAUCUUCGGCCUCGUUUCUCUGACGGCCGGCCUGCUCACACUGUUGGUGCCCGAUACCGCAGAUGACGCAUUGCCAGACACCGUACAUCAAGCAGAGAAGAUCGGCAAGUUUGAGGAGAACGAACUGAAGUGCUCUUCUUGACAGCGGUAUAUUUGUGUAGAGUCUGGGAAGCGCCAUAUUUGAAUUUCGAGCACUCGAUUCGUCACACGAAAAUCUGUGGGAAACGGCAAAAUGCAGCUAUUUUUGAAAUACAAGCGAUAGAGAUUGGGAAUCUAGUGGUGACCACUGGUUUUCAAUUAUAUCAUUAGAAUUUAAAUGGCUAGUAGUGGAGAUAUUUUUAAAGAGAGAACACGAAACCAAGCGAUCGAAAUUCAAUAAUCGGGCUCCUGUGUGGAAAGAGAAGAGUCGUGGAAUGUAAGGGAACCCAUAUAUUUUACGACUCUUCUCUCUGUAUAUUAAUUAUUAUUUGUAUCUCUUAUAAAUUCACGGGUAAAUACAUCCCCGUCAUUUGAUAGGCGUGCAUGGGGAUACAGAUCCAACACGUAGAGGCCCUUGGAGAAGUUUGUUGUUAAGUAAAAUUAAUUUAUUAUUAGAGUUUUCUAUUAUAUAGACGGGGUGAUUUUCAUUUUAACCCUGUGACCACUAUUAGUCAUAAAAGUAUUAAAUUUGUCACUACGUAUCAGA